UCCAUCCCUUGCUUUCCUGUUCCAGUUCGUGGAUAUGAUGGGCUGGCGCCUGGAGACGGCAGACAGAGUGGACGUCCCCGUGUCCUUCAACCCCGGCAGCAACAGCGUGGUGGCAGACCUGCAGGAGCUGCCCGCAACAGUCCGCAGCGCGUCCUGGGUGGCACCUCCCUCCUACCUGGGGGACAAGGUUUCCUCAUAUGGCGGCUACCUCACUUUCCAAGCCAAGUCCUUCGGCUUACCUGGUGACAUGGUUCUCCUGGGAAAGCAGCCGGAUGUGCAGCUCACCGGUCAGCACAUGUCUGUCAUCUACGAGGAGCCAAAUAACCCCCGGCCAGACCGGCUGCAUCAUGGUCGAGUGCAGAUGGUGGAGAGAAACUUCAGACACGCCAGCAGCCAUGCCCCGGUGUCUAGGGAAGAGCUGAUGACCGUGCUGUCUAGACUGGCAGGUGUGCGCAUCAGAGGCCUCCACUUCACCGAGACGCAGCGGCUCACCCUGGGCGAGGUGGGGCUGGAGGAGGCCUCCGACACAGGAAGUGGACGCAUAGCACAGGAUGUGGAGAUGUGUGUCUGCCCCCCUCACUACACGGGUGACUCAUGUCAGGGUUGUAGCCCCGGAUACUAUCGAGAUCACAAAGGCUUGGAUACCGGACGGUGCGUUCCCUGCAAUUGCAACGGACAUUCAAAUCGCUGCCAGGAUGGCUCGGGAAUAUGUAUUAACUGUCAGCACAACACGGCUGGGGACCACUGUGAGCGCUGCAAGGAGGGUCACUAUGGGAACGCCGUCCACGGAUCCUGCAGAGCCUGCCCGUGUCCUCAUACCAACAGUUUUGCCACCGGCUGUGUUGUGAACGGGGGAAACGUGAGGUGCUCCUGCAAACCUGGCUACACAGGGACACAGUGCGAAAGGUGUGCACCGGGAUAUUUUGGGAAUCCCCAGAAAUUUGGAGGUAGCUGCCAACCAUGCAAUUGUAAUGGCAACGGCCAGUCGGUCAAUUGCGACCCCCUGACUGGAGACUGCAUAAACCAAGAACCCAAAGACAGCAGCCCCGCAGAAGAGUGUGAUGAUUGCGACAGCUGUGUGAUGACCCUGCUGAAUGACCUUAACGCCAUGGGCGAGGACCUCCGCCUGGUCAAGUCUCGGCUGCAGGGCCUGAGUGCCAGCGCAGACACUCUGGAGCAGAUGAGGCACAUGGAGACCCAGGCCAAGGACCUGAGGAAUCAGUUGUUCAACUACCGUUCUGCCAUUUCAAAUCACAGAUCAAAAAUCGACGGCCUGGAAAAAGAACUGAGUAAUCUGAAUCGUGACUUUGAGAUUUUGCAAGAAAAGGCACAAGUGAAUUCCAGAAAAGCACAAACACUGUAUAACAAUGUUGAUCGGACAACCCAAAGCGCAAAAGAGCUGGACACGAAGAUUAAAAAUGUCAUCCGGAAUGUGCACAUUCUCUUGAAGCAGAUCUCUGGGACAGACAGAGAAGGAAACAACGUGCCUUCAGGUGACUUUUCCAGAGAGUUGGCCGAAGCAGAGCGCAUGAUGAGGGAGCUGCGGAACCGGAACUUGGCCAAGCACCUGAGAGAGGCAGAAGCGGAAAGAAGAGAGGCUCAGCUCUUGCUGAACCGCAUACGGAGCUGGCUGGAAACCCACCAGAUGGAAAACAAUGGACUUGUGAAGAGUAUGAGGGAUUCUUUAAAUGACUAUGAAGCCAAACUCAGUGACCUUCGUGCCAUGCUACAGGAGGCAGCUGCCCAAGCAAAGCAGGCCUCUGGCCUCAACCAAGAGAACGAGAGAGCUUUGGGAGCCAUCCAGAGACAAAUGAAGGAAGUAAAUUCCCUGCAGAGUGAUUUCACCAAGUAUCUAACCACUGCAGAUGCAUCUUUGCUGCAAACCAACGUGGUGCUGCAGCUGAUGGAGAAAAGCCAGAAGGAAUAUGAAAAAUUAGGUGCUACUUUAAAUGAAGCAAGGCAAGAACUAAAUGACAAAGUGAGAGAACUUUCCAAAUCUGCUGGCAAAGCAUCCCUGGUGGUGGAGGCAGAAAAGCACGCGCAGUCCUUACAAGACUUGGCAAAGCAGCUGGAAGAGAUCAAGAGAAACGCCAGUGGGGAUGAGCUGGUGCGCUGCGCUGUGGACGCUGCCACCGCCUACGAGAACAUCCUCAACGCCAUCAAAGCGGCCGAGGACGCGGCCAACAAGGCCUCCAGCGCGUCAGAGUCCGCCCUGCAGACAGUGAUAAAGGAAGAUCUGCCAAGAAAAGCUAAAACCCUGAGUUCCGACAGUGAUAAACUGUUAAAGGAAGCCAAGAUAACACAGAAGAAGCUACAGCAAGAAACCAUUCCAGCUCUCAACAACCUACAGCAAACCCUGAAUAUUGUGACAGUUCAGAAAGAACUGAUAGACACCAAUCUCACGACUGUCCAAGAUGAUCUUCGCGGGAUACAGAGAGGUGACAUCGAUGGUAUGCUCAGUAAUGCAAAGAGCAUGGUCAGAAAGGCCACCGAUAUCACAAAUGAGGUUCUGGAUGGGCUCAACCCCAUUCAGACAGAUGUGGAAAGAAUUAAGGACACCUAUGGGACCACCCAGAGUGAAGACUUCAACAAAGCUCUGACUGAUGCAGAUAACUCAGUGAAGAAAUUAACCAACAAACUGCCUGAUCUUUUGAGCAAGAUUGAAAGUAUCAACCAACAGCUGUUGCCCCUGGGAAACAUCUCUGACAACGUGGAUAGAAUUCGAGAACUGAUUCAGCAGGCCAGAGAUGCUGCCAAUAAGGUCGCUGUCCCCAUGAGGUUCAAUGGUAAAUCUGGCGUCGAAGUCCGAAUGCCAAAUGACCUGGAAGAUUUGAAAGGAUACACAUCUCUGUCUUUGUUUCUCCAAAGACCCGACUCCAGAGAAAAUGGGGGCACUGAGAAUAUGUUUGUCAUGUACCUGGGAAAUAAAGAUGCCUCCAAGGACUACAUUGGCAUGGCGGUCGUAGACGGCGAGCUCAGGUGUGUCUACAACCUGGGGGAGCGCGAGGCCGAACUCCAAGUGAACCAGAUCUUGACCGAGAGCGAAACUCAGGAGGCGGUUAUGGACCGGGUGAAAUUUCAACGAAUUUAUCAGUUUGCCAGGCUUAAUUACACCAAAGGAGCCACAUCCAGCAAACCAGAUAUACCCCAGUUCCAUGACAUGGAUAGUGGAAACAGCAAUAUGCUUCUUAAUUUGGAUCCUGAAAAUGUUGUAUUUUAUGUUGGAGGUUACCCACCUGAUUUUAAACUUCCCAGUAGACUAAGAUUCCCUCCAUACAAAGGUUGUAUUGAAUUAGAUGACCUCAAUGAAAAUGUUCUGAGUUUGUACAACUUCAAAAAAACUUUUAAUCUCAACACAACUGAAGUGGAGCCUUGUAGAAGGAGAAAGGAAGAGUCAGACAAAAAUUAUUUUGAAGGUACAGGCUAUGCUCGAGUUCCAACUCAACCAAAUGCUCCCUUCCCAACCUUUGGACAGACAAUUCAGACUACUGUGGAUAGAGGUUUGCUGUUCUUUGCAGAAAACAAGGAUCGCUUCAUAUCUCUAAGUAUAGAAGAUGGCAGGCUCAUGGUGAGAUACAAACUGAAUUCAGAGCCACCAAAGGAAAAAGGAAUUAGAGACAUCAUAAACAACGGGAAAGAUCAUUCGAUUCAGAUCAAAAUUGGAAAAGCCCAAAAACUUAUGUGGAUAAGUGUGAAUGUUCAGAACGUUAAGAUUGAAGGCGAAAUAUUCGAUUUCAGCACAUAUUAUCUGGGAGGAAUUCCAAUUGCGAUCAGGGAAAGGUUUAACAUUUCUACCCCUGCUUUCCGAGGCUGCAUGAAAAAUCUGAAGAAAACCACUGGUGUUGUGAGGUUGAAUGAUACUGUGGGAGUAACCAAAAAGUGUUCGGAGGACUGGAAGCUUGUGCGAUCGGCCUCAUUCUCCAGAGGAGGACAGUUGAGUUUCACUAAUUUGGACUUCCCGUCGCCUGACCACUUCCAGGCCUCGUUUGGGUUCCAGACGUUUCAGCCCAGUGGCAUGUUAUUAAAUCAUCAGACACGGACAAGUAGCCUGCAGGUCACUCUGGAAGAUGGUCACAUUGAAUUGAGCACCAGGGACAGCAGUGACCCAAUUUUUAAAUCUCCACAGACAUACAUGGAUGGUUUACUACAUUACGUAUCUGUAAUAAGCGACAACUCUGGACUCUGGCUUCUCAUUGAUGACCAGCCUAUGAGAAAUAACCAAAGGCUAAAAGGCAUUUCAAAUUCCCAGCAGUCUCUGCGUCUGGGCGGGAGCUAUUUCGAGGGUUGUAUCAGCAACGUUUUUGUCCAGAGGUUAACACAGAGUCCCGGAGUCCUAGAUUUGGCCAGUAAAUCUACCAAGAGAGAUGUGUCCCUGGGAGGCUGCAGUUUAAACGAGCCACCUUUUCUAAUGUUGCUUAAAGGUUCUACAAGGUUUAACAAGGCCAAGACUUUCAAUGUGGACCAGCUGUUGCAGGACACACCAGUGGCCUCUCCAAGGAGAAUGAAAGUGUGGCAAGAUCCACAGUCUUGCCCACCACCUCCCAGGGCCCAGGCCAGUCAUGGAGCCUUCCAGUUUGGGGACAUUCCUACCAGCCACUUGCUAUUCAAGCUUCCUCAGGAGUUGCUGAAACCCAGGUCGCAGUUUGCCGUGGACGUGCAGACAACAUCCUCCAGGGGGCUGGUGUUUUACACGGGCACGAAGAACUCCUUCAUGGCUCUUUAUCUCUCAAAAGGACGUCUGGUCUUUGCAUUGGGGGCAGAUGGGAAAAAACUGAGGCUCAAGAGCAAGGAGAAAUGCAAUGAUGGGAAGUGGCACACGGUGAUGUUUGGGCAAGAAGGAGAAAAGGGGCGCUUGGUUGUGGACGGACUGAGGGCCCGGGAGGGAAGUUUGCCCAGAAAUUCCACCGUCAGCAUCCGAGGACCAGUUUACCUGGGAUCAUCUCCUGCAGGAAAACCAAAGAGCCUCCCCCAAAACAGCUUUGUGGGAUGUCUGAAGAACUUUCAGCUGGAUUUAAAACCCUUGGACACCCCUUCUGCAAGCUUUGGUGUGUCUCCCUGCUUGGGUGGCUCUUUGGAGAAAGGCACUUAUUUCUCCCAAGAAGGAGGCCAUGUCGUGCUGGCUAACCCUGUGUUGUUGGGGCCAGACUUCAAGCUUGUUUUCAGCAUUCGCCCAAGAAGUCUCACUGGAAUCCUGAUACACAUCGGAAGUCAACCUGGGAAGCACUUAUGUGUUUAUAUGGAGGCAGGAAAGGUCACGGCCUCUGUGGACAGUGGGGCAGGUGGGGCCUCGACAUCAGUCACACCAAAGCGGUCCCUGUGUGAUGGACAGUGGCACUCAGUGGCAGUCACCGUAAAACAGCACAUCUUGCACCUGGAACUGGACGCAGACAGUAACUUCGUAGCUGGACAGCUUACCUUCCCGCCUGCCGGCACUCGAGAGCCACUACACCUUGGAGGUGUCCCAGCCAAUUUGAAGACACUGAAGCUGCCUGUGUGGAGAUCAUUCUUUGGCUGUCUAAAGAACAUUCAAGUCAACCACAUCCCUGUCCCUGUUACUGACGCCGUGGAAGUCCAGGGGCCCGUCAGUCUGAACGGCUGUCCUGACCACUAACUCGAGCCCAUUUCACAGCAAGGAAAUUCACCUUCCAAAGCACUGAUUACCCAGCGCACCUCCCACCCGCACUCCAGAUCAUUCUUGACUCAAGAGACCAUCCAGAUGGGUUUAGUAGAAAAUCUAAUUUUGAAUCCCAACCACAGAUACCCAUCAUUUUGGCAUUUGGUGCUACAUAUGUAUUUUAUAUAAAAAUCCUAUUUCUUGAAGAAGACAAAUCGUUAUUCAAAUAUGCACAAAAUGCUUUUGGUAAUAUUAAUUUCCACUAAAAAUUAAAUGUCUUUUAAAGAACAUUGUUUCUACUUGUUAAAAAACAUUAAAUAUCUUUUAAGGCACUUUAA